AUGGAACCACUCUCAGAUAACGAGAUGGCUGGUCCAUCAACAAUAAGGUCGCUGUCGGAUCACCAACCAGAAGAAGAGGGAGCACCACGGUUUCGCAUACCGCCGCGGGACCUGGCCGCUGUGGAAAUACCCGCCGUUGUGGAAAACAUUGAUCGGGCGGUCAAGGCCUUUGGGAGAGUCCCGUCUCUAGAACACCUCAUGGACCCUUUGAGGAACUCAGUGCCGUUGUAUCUGAACCCAGAAAGCCCCUUUUGCAAGCCUAUCAUGUCUCAUAGCGCCGCAUCGCACAACGUGGUUCUCAAGCUCACUGUUCCCAAGAGAACGGGCCGCAGACGGAGACGAGGAAGUAACGGCCCGUGGCAGGGAGAUGUAAAUUUCUCAGAUGCGCCUGGAGCCAAUGGCAAGGAAAAAGUGCAAUCGAUUGCGCGACUGGAUGAGCCCAAAGUUCUUCGGAGAAAGCUUCAAGACAACGCUGGAAGAUAUCAAGUCGAAGCGGUUGGUACUAUCAAACAUACGCAUCGGUUCCGUGCUUUAGCCGACUUUUACUGGGAUAUGAAUCGAUCAGAGUUUGCUCAGAGAUAUGCUGAGCAGGUUUUGCCAGGAGAUGUUCAAAAAUUGAAAGAGUUCACCCUUCAAAGUGGAACAGAUCGUCCCCCCAAUGUUGACAUCAUUCCUCCGCCCAUCUUCACGCACAUGAGUUUGCCAUUCAACUACUUCUACUCGCAGAAUCCGUACGUCCGCACGACUGAGGACGGCGGCACAAUCAAUUUGACUGCAGUCAAGCAGGUAGGGUAUUUUAUUAGUGCAGAAGACCCGGCUCCAGACGGGCCGCAGGUGCCGCCAGAUAUGACGGAUCCCAGAAUGAUCGAGGUCCUAGCUCAACUAGAAGACGCCUUCCAACAUCGCCCUCUGUGGACUCGUCGGUCUUUGCUCAAUCACUUGCGAGGCAAGCUCCAGAGCUGGAACGAAUUGAAAAAAUAUCUCAACUACGCAGCGUAUCAGUUCAAAGGCGGCCCAUGGAGAGAUAGUGUGGUUCCCUACGGCACCGACCCUAGGACCGAUCCCAAGUAUCGCAUCUAUCAGACGCUUAUGUUCAAGCUUAAGAAGCACAAACGUACGAUCAAGCACCAGCCGUGGCAGUCACUUCGCAAGACGCAGAUUGGUGAAUCACAGAAUACACCCAGCAUGGAAGCAGACAGUCACAUCUUCGACGGAAAGUCAUAUCACACGGACGGCAAGGUAUGGCAGGUCUGUGAUAUUACCGAUUCUCUACUGAAAGAAUUACUCGACAACGCGGCCGUACGCCCUCAGUGCGACGUCGUGAAUAGUGGCUGGUACCACGGUGGCUUGUGGGCAAAGGUCAAGGCAAUAAUGAAGACUAAACUGGUAGCUAUCCGGUUUGGAAGGCACUUAACAAAGGAAGACUUUGCACAGACAUUGGAAUUUGGUGAUGCAACUCCGAUCCGUACUGUGUCAAAUACAUUCCACCUUCCCUUGCCGAAUUUACAUCUUACGACAGAGGAGCACACUGUCCUCCACGGGAGGGGGCCAUUAAAAAAGAAGAGUACAGGAUAUAAUGUUCGGUUCCGAGACAUUGGGAAGAGUCCAAGCGUGGCUCAUGAGAUAUCUCCUGCUCCGUUUAUCGAUAGCAGUGUAAUUGGCACAGAUAGAAUGGAGUCUGAUGAUGAAGAUUCUGGCAGUGAACGAGAUGAUGACGAUGAUGAAGAUGACGACGACGAUGGAUCAGAGAAUGAGGAGUACCCUGACACUGGAUAUUAUAACCAUAUGGAACAGUACGGGGACCACCAGUAUGGUGAUGGGGAUGCUGAAAUGGACAUGGGCCGUUCGGCGUAUCCCGAGUUAGAUUAG